CCCAUUCUAUGAACCUUCUAUGAACCAUGAUCAGUAUGGACAUAAUUGCCUUUUCUUUUAAACGUCAAAGUUCGUGUUUUAUUGGUUAUGUUUACAACGUGCAAAUUUUAGGCUAUUUUGUAAUUUUUAUAUUUUUUUUGAUACUACAAAAUGAGGAUUGAUAAUGACGAGGAUUAUAGUGCAUCAGACUCUGAUGACGAUUACACAGAAAAUGAAAGAAUAUUACUUAAUAAAGUAAGAAAUCGAGGCAAGAAGUUUUCAGAUGAUGAGCAAGAAGUUUUUGGUGUUGGAGGCGAUGAAUCAGAAGAUAAUGAAGAUGAUGAUGGAGAUGGAAGUGAUUUAGCAUUAAGUGAUGUUGAAGGACAGGAGGAUGACAAUUUACCGGAUACCAGAGCAUGGGGCAAAGAUAAAAGAAAGUUUUAUCAAACUGAUUAUGUAGAUGGUGAUUAUGGAGGUUUUCAAGGAAAAGAUGCUCAGCUUGCCGAGUUAGAGGAAGAAGAAGCAAGGAACCUACAGAAACAACUAGCCCAGCACUUAGAUGAUGAUGAUUUUGGCCUGGAUAUAUUUGCAAAAAAAGCUGAUGAAGAUGAUAAACAGAAUGAAGAGAUCAUCAAAACUGAUAUUUCAAAGUUGUCUAAAAGACAAAAACUACAAAUUAUGCAAAAAGAAUCGCCAGAGUUCUUCAAUCUUGUUCAGGAUUUCCAAAAUAAAAUGGCAGUAGUGACAUCACACUUACAUCCUGUUUUGAAAAAAGCUGAAACUGGGGAUAUACCACAAUGCAAAGCUGUUGAUUUUGUACAGUUUAAAUAUGAAUUGAUACUAAACUAUUGUACCAACAUCUAUAUGUACCUUUUACUGAAGUCUUCAAAAGUAAAUGUGCAGAAUCAUCCUCUCAUCAAACGUCUAUACCAGUAUCGGCAGUUGCUUCUAAAAUUAGAACCAGUAUAUGAGGAUGUCAUUAAACCACAAAUAGAACUGAUUUUAAAUGAAGAGACAAAAGAAGCCGAUACUGAAAACCCUAAGAAAAAAAAGAAAACUUUAAAACUCUUAACAAGUAUUGCAAAGAAAACAGCACCUGAGAAAGUACCUAAAAGGAAAACAAGUAACGAACAAGCUCCUGAGGUUGUUAAAAAAGUCAAAUUUGAUGAGGGUAGCCUAGUUAAGGAAAAAGAAACAAUGAAGCAGAAAGAAAUAAGUUCAGCUGAAGAAGAAGCAGAAGAAGAACUAGAAAAUAUUGAAGGUAUAGAAGAAGAUAAUGAAGAAGAACCUUCCAAGAGAGCCAUUACCUACGAAAUGGCCAAAAAUAAAGGUCUUACGCCACAUAGGAAGAAAGAACAGAGGAAUCCUAGAGUCAAACAUAAGCUUAAGUAUAGAAAAGCUGUCAUUAGACGUAAAGGAGCUGUUCGAGAACCAAGAAAAGAAUUGUCCAGAUAUGGAGGAGAGAUAUCUGGUAUUAAAUCUACAGUUUCUCGAAGUAUUAAGAUCAAAACUUAAUGUUACAAUGUUGUUGUUAAUAAAAGUUUAAUUUUUAGUUUA